AUGGGUAUAAAAAACAAUUCCACAGUGACUGAGUUUCUUCUUUCAGGAUUAACUGAACAAGCAGAGCUUCAGCUGCUCCUCUUCUGCCUCUUCUUAGGAAUUUAUACAGUUACUGUGGUGGGAAACCUUGGCAUGAUCUCAAUAAUUAGGCUGAAUCGUCAACUUCAUACCCCCAUGUACUAUUUCCUGAGUAGUUUGUCUUUUUUAGAUUUCUGCUAUUCUUCUGUCAUUACCCCUAAAAUGCUAUCAGGGUUUUUAUGCAGAGAUAGAUCCAUCUCCUAUUCUGGAUGCAUGACUCAGCUGUUUUUUUUCUGUGUUUGUGUUAUUUCCGAAUGCUACAUGCUGGCAGCCAUGGCCUACGAUCGCUAUGUGGCCAUCUGCAGCCCGCUGCUCUACAAGGUUAUCAUGUCCCCUAGGGUCUGUUCUCUGCUGGUGGCUGCUGUCUUCUCAGUAGGUUUCACUGAUGCUGUGAUCCAUGGAGGUUGUUUACUCAGGUUGUCUUUCUGUGGAUCAAACGUCAUUAAACAUUAUUUCUGUGACAUUGUCCCUCUUAUUAAACUCUCCUGCUCCAGCACUUAUAUUGAUGAGCUUUUGAUUUUUGUCAUUGGUGGAUUUAACAUGGUGGCCACAAGCCUAACAAUCAUCAUUUCAUAUGCUUUUAUCCUCACCAGCAUCCUGCGCAUCCACUCUAAAAAGGGCAGGUGCAAAGCCUUUAGCACCUGUAGCUCCCACCUGACAGCUGUUCUUAUGUUUUAUGGGUCUCUGAUGUCCAUGUAUCUCAAACCUGCUUCUAGCAGUUCACUCACCCAGGAGAAAGUAUCCUCAGUAUUUUAUACCACUGUGAUUCCCAUGUUGAAUCCCCUGAUAUAUAGUCUGAGGAACAAUGAAGUAAAAAAUGCUCUGAUGAAACAUUUAAGAAGAAAAAUAUCUUUAUCUCCAUGA